AUGGUCCUUCGAAUCCUAAAAAGCAAGAAGAGUCAGCGAAUCAAAAGGGCGCAGUUGCGCCGAGACGGGCUUUUGCCCGCAUGGGUGGAACCGCCCCGUCCUCCCCCGGCACGAGAGCGUAUUCCGGACGAGCAGUUGCCAGCAGGAGCCCUCGCUCCUAGUCUACAACCAUUUUUGGAGAUUGCCCGUAGACACAUCACCGUCGAAGAACUAGUAGAAGCGACCCGCCCACGAUACUACGGCGAUAUCCGCUACGCGCCUCCAGGAAUUCCGGUGGGUUACCCUGCACUCGUGCCCGUGCCAGUACCUGCACCGCAACCCGUGCCAGUACCAGUACCUGCACCGCGACCCGUGCCCGUGCCAGUACCUGCACCGCAACCCGUGCCAGUACCAGUACCUGCACCGCAACCCGUGCCAGUGCCAGUACCUGCACCGCAACCCGUGCCAGUGCCAGUACCUGCACCGCAACCCGUGCCAGUGCCAGUACCUGCACCGCAACCCGUGCCCGUACCAGUACCUGCACCGCAACUCGUGCCCGUGCCAGUACCCGCACCAGCAUCAGAACCAGGACCCGCGCCCCAGGAUCCAGCAGCUAUAGCUGCUGGUCCAACCAAGCCGCUAGUCCGGGCUGGACUAGAAGAAACACCAGAGGAAGGGAACAACGGUAAUACCAGCAUUGUAUUCAUUGGAGAGGGCAGCAAAUGA